AUGCCUGUUAUUACUCGAUCGGCUGCCCAAGCCAGUAAAAUAAAUGCCAAGAAAACUACAACAAAGCGCACUUCAAAACAACGGAAGAACUUGCAGGCUAUCAACAUUAGUACCACAAAACCAAAUGGCAAAGAUCCAUUUCCAACAGAACAGCCAUGCAGAUUAUUAGAAUGGAUAUCGCUCAAAGAUCCCCCCAGUGGCGUCAUCCCAAAUGGGGAUGAACUUUUUGCCAUCCUCCAAGAGAUAUGCAAACUCCGAGCAUGCAUAGUUAUCGCUAGAGGCCGUCCACGUGAACUAAGCGGAAUCGAGUGGUUGAUUAUCGGCAAGCAGCAAUGGAGAAGCAGCAAACACAGGGAAGAGUUUCUUACCUCAGAGCUUUUCCUCAAAUUGAAUGGAGCCCUUUCGCAUCGCUCAUGGAGCCAAGAAUUUGCCUGGUCGAGGAGUGGGACGAUCAUACGCGCAAACCCGAUUUUCCCUCCACAAAGGCUUUAUGAGGUCCUCACAAUCUAUUUCCCUGCAGAUUUAGAUCAGGAAGCUAUCUCCUCUAUUGAAGCGUUUAGAGGGCUGCCUCACUGGCACCUUGAGGAUGAUGAAGUCCCAGCUGAAAAUCCCUGGGCGGCGUUCAAGUCCCAGCUUCGUGCAUGGAUGAAGGGGACUUGUGAAUACCAGGGACAAACUGCAAGGCGAUUGGCUUUUUUCUUCUCGUUCACUGACGAGGCAGGAGAACGAUUCUUUAAAGAAAAGGCGAUAAAUAAAGUACCCGGAAGGCCGACGGGGGACGUUAUGGUGAGCUUCUUUGACGAUCUGGAAGAUCUUGGAAUGAUCGGAUAUGAAUCGCUACAUGUUGAAUUCUUGGAGGUUGUUUACUAUGCACCAGAGAACUACGUACCAAAACCUCCCCGACCUAUAUCUCCUGAAACAAUGAAGCAUUGGGAUGAUCUUAGGCAAGCCUGCCUAGCCGACGACUCAGAUGGAUCAUUAUAA